UAAGACUUAGACAUAUUUAUCUAACUUAUUAUAUAUGAAAUUCUUCAUUGAUUUCUCCAACCUGAAAUCUUCCUAUAUUAAUUCAAAUCAAAAGACACUACCCAGGUACUAACGGCAAUCAUUCCUUAAACCCUCCACCAUUUUUCUGUUUCUGUUUCUUCUGCAUGUCUCUACGGUAGAGAUACAUUUUUACAGAUUAACAAUAUGAAACCUCCUUUGCCUUCUUCUUCUUCCUCUAAUUAUAAUGUCCUGAGUAAACCUCGUCUCUCUCCUUAUCUCUUCACCUUACUCGCUUUCAUCGUCUUCGUUGUCAUCCUCUAUGGCGAAGACUUCAUGUGCAUCUUCGGCCAACUCGAGCCCCUCCCUGGCCGCCCCAUCUCCGCCGCCAAGAAGAAGAUGAAAAAGCUACCGUUCGCGAUAGGGAAGACGGAGGAAGGAUGUGAUGUGUUCAGUGGGAGGUGGGUGAGGGACGAGUCGACUCGGCCGCUGUAUGAAGAAUCGGAGUGUCCGUACAUACAACCGCAGUUGACGUGUCAAGAACAUGGAAGGCCUGAUAGAGAUUAUCAGUACUGGAGAUGGCAGCCCCACGGCUGUGAUCUUCCCAGUUUUAAUGCAACAUUGAUGCUGGAAACACUUCGGGGAAAGAGAAUGAUGUUUGUUGGUGACUCAUUGAAUCGUGGGCAGUAUGUUUCCAUUGUGUGUCUUCUUCACAGAAACAUCCCUGAACAUGCCAAAUCCAUGGAAACCUCUGGUUCUUUAACAGUUUUCACAGCCAAGGACUACAAUGCCACAAUUGAGUUCUACUGGGCGCCAUUUCUUCUUGAGUCAAAUUCGGACGAUGCUGUCGUUCAUAGAAUAGCUGAUAGGAUUGUUAGAAAAGGUUCCAUCAAUAAGCAUGGCCGGCAUUGGAAAGGAGUUGACAUUUUGGUGUUCAAUACUUAUCUAUGGUGGAUGACCGGCCUCGACAUGAAGAUCUUGAAGGGAUCUUUCGACGACGAAGAGAAAGAAAUUGUAAAGCUUUCCACCGAGGACGCCUACCGUAUGGCAAUGAAAAGCAUGCUUAGAUGGGUGAAAUUGAACAUGGAUCGAAAAAAAACCAGAGUCUUUUUCGCUAGCAUGUCGCCUUCUCAUGCUAAGAGCAUAGAUUGGGGAGGCGAACCGGGGAAGAACUGCUACAAUGAAACGACAUUGAUAGAAGACGAAAACUACUGGGGUUCAGAUUGCAGAAGAAGCAUAAUGGAGGUGAUUGGAGAAGUGUUCAGCCACUCCAAGUAUCCCAUUACAUUCCUGAACAUUACACAACUUUCGAAUUAUCGAAAGGAUGCGCACACAUCGAUUUACAAGAAGCAAUGGAAUCCAUUGACGCCUGAGCAGAAAGCAAACCCCUUUAGCUAUGCAGAUUGUGUACAUUGGUGUUUGCCUGGCCUUCAAGAUACCUGGAAUGAGCUCUUGUUUGCCAAGCUAUUUUAUCCUUGAAAUAUAUACAUAUAUUCUCAUGAUCUCAUUCCCACAUAUGCUGAAUCCUCUUAAUUUCUUCAAGACAAGAGGAGUCUAACCUUUUUCAUAUCGCAACUCAAAGAUGAAAUCAAUGUGAAGAAGAGAAAGAAAGAAAGAAAUCUGUGUAAAAUAAUAGUGUGAUUGUUGCAGAGGAGAUUUGGUAAAGAGAUUGGAUUGGUUUGUUUA